GAACAGCCAGGAGUGUAACUGCAGCAGCAGUGAGUGGAUUUGUUGGACUGCUUCUGACUGUGUCAGCGGUACUGGGUCAGACUGGUUGGUCAGUGACUUACACUUCCACUCACAUCUGCGCAUUAAAAGGAUCAACAGUGGACAUAGGCUGCAGCUACAGUUACCCAAACAAUAGGAACCGUGGAAUUAUGUUUCGGGAAAGAUUUUGGUUUAUUAGAAAUGAGUAUUAUGGGCCAGUGGAUUUGAGAACAGACCCAGACUACACAGGGCGGGUUGAGUACCAGUUUCAUGAGAAGGACUGCACUCUGAGGAUCACAGACCUGAGAGAGAGUGACUCAGCUGAGUACAAGUUCAGAUUCAUGACAAACCAGUAUGGUGGAAGUUAUACUGGCUCACCUGGAGUCACUUUGACUGUCACAGACCUGCAGGUGAAGAGAAGAAAAUCAUCAGCCCACACAGAGCUGCAGUGUCACAGCAGCUGUGAUGUAAUUGAUCCUCCAUCAUAUGUUUGGUACAAAAAUGGACAGAAAAUAGAGGAAGAAACAUCUCUGCGAGUCUCUGUUGGAGGUGAUGACAGCAGCUAUUCCUGUGCUGUUAAAGGACAUGAGGGUUACCGCUCUGCUGCAGUGUAUGUUCCAAAGCUUCCCUCUGUGUCAGUGAGUCCCUCUGCUGAGAUAGUGGAGGGCAGUUCAGUGACUCUGACCUGUAGCAGUGAUGCUAACCCAGCAGCUAGUUACACCUGGUACAAGGAGGAUGGUCAAACACCUCUGAGUAAGGAGUGGUGGCUCUCCUUCAGCUCCAUCCAGCCCUCUGACUCUGGACAGUAUUACUGUACUGCUGAGAAUGAUCUGGGGAAGAGGACAUCUGAAUCCAUCUUUAUUGAUGUGAAAUAUGCUCCAAAGCCUCCCUCUGUGUCAGUGCGUCCGUCUGGUGAAAUCAAAGAGGGCACUUCAGUCACUCUGACCUGUAGCAGUGAAGCUAACCCAGCAGCUACGUUUGUCUGGUACAAGAUAAAUGGAAGAACACCUCUCAGUAAAGAACGGCAGCUCUUCUUCAGCUCCAUCCAGCCCUCUGACUCUGGACAGUAUUACUGUAUAGCUGCUAAUACAGUGGGAAGUAGGACAUCUGAAUAUGUUUCUAUUAAUGUGAAAUAUGCUCCAAAGUUUGUGUCAGUGAUGGUGAGCCCUUCUAAUGAAUUCAGGGAGGGCGGAUCAGUGACUCUGAUCUGUAGCAGUGAUGCUAAUCCAGCAGCUCAAUACUCCUGGUACAAGAAGAAUGGACAAAAGCCUCUCAGUAGUGAACAGCAGCUCUCCUUCAGCUCCAUCCAGCCCUCUGACUCUGGAGAGUAUUACUGUACAGCUCAGAACAAAGUGGGGAGGAAGAAAUCUGAAUAUACCUCCAUUGAUGUCAAAUAUGCUCCAAAGCCUCCCUCUGUGUCAGUGCGUCCUUCUGGUGAAAUCAAAGAGGGCGGAUCAGUGACUCUGACCUGUAGCAGUGAUGCUAAUCCAGCAGCUACGUUUGUCUGGUACAAGAUAAGUGGAAGAACACCUCUUAGUGAAGAACGACAGCUUGUCUUCAGAUCCAUCCAGCCCUCUGACUCUGGACAGUAUUACUGUAUAGCUGUUAAUAAAUUAGGGAGGAGGACAUCUGAAUAUAUUUCUAUUGAUGGGAAAUAUGCUCCAAAGUUUGUGUCAGUGAUGGUGAGCCCUUCUAAUGAAUUCAGGGAGGGCGGAUCAGUGACUCUGAUCUGUAGCAGUGAUGCUAAUCCAGCAGCUCAAUACUCCUGGUACAAGAAGAAUGGACAAAAGCCUCUCAGUAGUGAACAGCAGCUCUCCUUCAGCUCCAUCCAGCCAUCUGACUCUGGAGAGUAUUACUGUAGAGCUCAGAACAAAGUGGGGAGGAAGAAAUCUGAAUAUACCUCCAUUGAUGUCAAAUAUGAUCCAAAGCUUCCCUCUGUGUCAGUGAGUCCUUCUGGUGAAAUCAAGGAGGGCACUGCAGUGACUCUGACCUGUAGCAGUGAUGCUAACCCAGCAGCUCAAUACUCCUGGUACAAGAAGAAUGGACAAAAACCUCUCAGUAAUGAACGGCAGCUCUCCUUCAGCUCCAUCCAGUCCUCUGACUCUGAAGAGUAUUACUGUAGAGCUGUGAACAAGCUGGGGUCAAAACUUAAAUCCAUCGCUAUUGAUGUGAAAUAUGCUCCAAAGCCUCCCUCUGUGUCAGUGAGUCCUUCUGGUGAAAUCAAGGAGAACGUUUCAGUGACUCUGACCUGUAGCAGUGAUGCUAACCCAGCAGCUGCAUAUGUCUGGUACAAGAUGAACAAUCAAACACCUGUCAGUACAGAUUCACAGCUCUCCUUCAGCUCCAUCCAGCCUGCUGACUCUGGAGAGUAUUACUGUACAGCUGAGAACAGGCUGGGAACAUCAACACCUACAAACAUUUCUGUUGAUGUGAAAUAUGAUCCAAAGCCUCCCUCUGUGUCAGUGAGUCCGUCUGGUGAAAUCACAGAGGGCACUGCAGUGACUCUGACCUGUAGCAGUGAUGCUAACCCAGCAGCUACGUUUGUCUGGUACAAGAGGAACAGCCAACCACUCAGCAAAAACCCACAGCUCAUCUUCAACUCCAUCCAGUCCUCUGACUCUGGAGAGUAUUACUGUAGAGCUGUGAACAAGCUGGGGUCAAAACUUAAAUCCAUCACUAUUGAUGUGAAAUAUGCUCCAAAGCCUCCCUCUGUGUCAGUGAGUCCUUCUGGUGAAAUCAAGGAGGGCACUUCAGUGACUCUGACCUGUAGCAGUGAUGCUAACCCA